AUGGCCGUGGAUCGGUCAUUAGAAGUACGAGCAGUAGCUGCUGUCUUCUUUGCAUUGGCGUCUGUGACGACGAUUCUACGAUGCUAUGUCCGCCUGGCAGUUGUCAAGGCGUUUGGAUGGGAUGAUGGAGUUAUGGUACUGGCAUUGCUCUUCUAUGCCAUGUUCUCAGGCUGCAUGAUCGGAGGUAGUUUGUACGGUACAGGGAAACACUUGACCGAGUUAACCAAUCACCAGCGGACAACCGCAAUGGAGUACUGGUUCUACUGCGACAUCGGCUACGCCCUCGCCUCCAUUCUCUGCAAGAUAUCCGUCAGCAUCUUCAUCCUCCGCGUGACCAUCGACCGAACGCACCGGAUAACCGUCUGCCUCGUCGGAGGAAUCGUCGUCAUCGCCGGACUCAUCUUCUUCAUCAUGGUCCUCGUGCAAUGCCACCCCAUGUCGUAUUUCUGGAACCAAUUGUCCACGGCAUACAAGGGCCCCGGAUCUUGCAUGAACAUGCACAUAAUCGUGGGCGGACUGUACGCCUUUAGCGCCUCCUCUGCGCUCUUCGACCUCACUAUCGCCAUCCUUCCGAUCCUGCUAGUCCGGAAACUCAAUAUGAAGCGUGAUGUUAAAUUUGCUGUCGCUGGACUGUUGGGUAUGGCUUGCGUUGCCUCCAUCGCCGUCUUCAUCCGCAUCCCCUACAUCCACACCCUCUACAGCGUCGACUACCUCUGGGCAACAACCCCAAUAGCAAUCUGGUCCAACAUCGAAACCGGCCUGGGCAUCUUCGCCGGCAGCAUGGCAACCCUCCGACCAAUCCUCCGCAAAUUCAACCCCUCGACCCGAGGCAACGAAUACACGUCCGAUCCGUGGCCGAGCACCCGCAACAAGCAACGAAACUUCUCCGUCCCGCUUCGGUCCCUCGACACCAAUACUACGCGAACACCACCUUCUGAAUUCGACGAUCGCAUGGCGAUGCACGCCCACGAUGAGCGGUUAUAUGGGACGACGAUGUAUAGUGUUGAGACGGGGGAGAGGGUGGAUGCGGAUGCAGAUGUGGAUGUGGUUGAUGGGGGGGAGAGUGGACAUGGCCAUGGGGGCAGGGUGGAUGAGUAUCCGAUAUUGCCCAAGAAUGGGGCUACGGUUGGGAUCGGGAUGAAGUUUCCCGGGAUUAUUAGUGUUAGGAGGGAGGUGUUGGUUACGACUUCUGCUUAG